UCAAGAUAAGCAUGAACGCGUGGAGUUUAACCCACUGGGCUUCCCUUCUCUUUCUUUGUCUUGCCAUUUUUCUUGUUUUGAACGAAAACCCAUCAUUUCUUUCUUCUGAAAAUAUGGCUACUGUGGAGGAAUCCCCUAAAUCCAUCUAUGACUUUACUGUCAAGGAUGCUCGUGGAAAUGAUGUGCCCCUUAGCAAUUACAACAGCAAAGUUCUUCUUGUUGUGAAUGUUGCUUCAAAAUGUGGUUUUACAGACUCAAACUACAAGGAGCUGAAUGUUUUGUAUGAGAAAUACAAAGAUCAAGGUUUUGAAAUUUUAGCAUUUCCUUGCAAUCAAUUUGGUUGGCAAGAACCUGGAACUAAUGAGGAGAUCCUGGAAACAGCAUGCACUCGGUUUAAAGCGGAUUUUCCGAUAUUUGAAAAGAUUGAUGUGAAUGGAAAGAAUGCAGCUCCACUCUAUAAGUUCUUAAAAGCAGAAAAACGUGGUCUGUUGAUUGCUACCAUCAAAUGGAACUUCACAAAGUUUUUGAUUAACAAAGAAGGAAAGGUUGUGGAGCGUUAUGGUCCUCACACUUCGCCUCUUCAAUUUGAGGAGGACAUAAAAAAUCUGCUUGGCUCUUCUUGAACAGGCAGGACAUUCUGGAACAGCUUGGGCUUCAGCUUUGCUGAUAAUGCCCUAGAAGUGGAAACUUCGCUGUAAUAGUCUCUUAUCUGUGUGCCCAUAUAUGUGUCAUGUUUAUAAUCGCUUUGAUCAUGUAAACAAUCAACAGAAGGUUAAGUGUGUCAUGUUUUUAAUCGCUUUCAUCAUGUAAACAAUCAUCAGAAGGUUAAGUUAUUGAUGGUACUUUUAGUAGUGAAUUUGGAUAUUUUUAUCUGUGACAACUGCAAUUUAA